AUGGAUCCAGUCAGUACUGGUCCGUGGAGUUCCCUACAGAUCAAGCAUAUGAUGGCUUUCAUUGAGCAGGAAGCCAAUGAAAAGGCUGAAGAAAUAGAUGCAAAGGCAGAAGAAGAAUUCAACAUUGAGAAGGGUCGCCUUGUUCAGACACAGAGGCUGAAAAUCAUGGAGUAUUAUGAAAAAAAGGAGAAACAAAUUGAACAGCAAAAGAAAAUUCAGAUGUCCAACCUCAUGAAUCAGGCAAGGCUGAAGGUCCUCAAGGCAAGGGAUGACCUUAUUGCAGAUUUGCUGAAUGAGGCCAAGCAGAGACUUGCCAAGGUGGUGAAGGAUACUGCCAGGUACCAGACGCUGCUGGAUGGACUAGUUCUACAGGGAUUCUACCAGCUGCUUGAACCCAGAAUAGUUGUUCGGUGCAGGAAACAGGAUCUCCCUAUGGUUAAGACUGCUGUACAGAAGAGCAUUCCCAUCUACAAAAAUGCCACAAAAAGGGAUGUGGAUGUUCACAUUGAUCAAGACAACUUCCUGCCAGAGGAAAUUGCUGGAGGUGUUGAAAUCUAUAACAGUGAUGGCAAAAUUAAGGUUUCCAAUACCCUGGAAAGUCGGCUGGACCUUGUAGCUCAGCAGAUGAUGCCAGAAAUCAGAGUGGCUCUCUUUGGUGCUAAUGCCAACAGGAAGUUUUUGGACUAAACCUCUAUGAAAGAAGGUGGGAUCUGUUCCACUGCCAUACUGAAGAGGAUGCAAAAGCAUCUGCUAAUUUAAAAUCUUGAAAUAUAACAUUACCUUGUCAUCCAAUAUCUGUUCUUCAAUGGAAUAAUUUUGCAUACCUGCUGUGCUUAGCCUCUUUACUUGUGGUUAGAAAGUAUUGCUUGAAGGAUGUGAAGACAUACAUAUUCAUCCAAGCAGUGACACUAGAAAAUGGAGGCUUUUGGGCUCUUGGCUUUCCUUGCACUAUUGUGGCUCUGUAAGGACAAGUGGUCCAUUUAGGGUCACUCUCUUUGCUUUGGCCACAUCUCUUUCAAGUUGUCUAAUCUGUGAAGUAAAUUACUAUGCUGCCGAUGGGAAAUUCCUUUUCAGUUAAGGUCUUCAGUGUUAUAGAGGGCAUGCAUCCCUUCCCAGGGUUAGUAGUUUAAUUCAUCUUACUUGGUCAGGCAUCAUUCUGUUCUGUAUAUGUGAUUAAAACAAAAAAAAAAAGCCUGAGCCUGUAAAACUUUAUUUAUUAAAAUAAAAAUGCGUGUGUGUAUGGA